AUGAAAUUCAUCGACAGACUGAGAUACUCGAAGAGAAAGAGGACCUUGUUGAAAAAAGUUUACGAACUUUGUACCUUGUGUGAUGUGGACGUAUACUUGGUUGCCGUUCACCACGGCGAUGAAACGGUCAUUAUCAAUACACGGAACCGUGGAGACUGGCCACCUGCUGAAGAACAGUUGGAGGACAUGUACCUCAUGAUGGAGAGGUUUAAUCUCGAUGACUUGGGCGAAUAUCUUGCGGAAGCGGAGCCAAAUGUCGAGCUCGAGCUUCCGGAACCUCCUGAACUGUUGUAA